AUGGUCCUUCGAGGUUCCGCCGCCGGCCGCCCGGCCGGCCUGCGCCUUCGCGCCACUUCGCGCCCUGGGGCCAGGCCCGCGGGGCCGGCCGCGGACCCCCGCGGCGCCGCGCCGCGCCCGUCCCCGCGCCCACCCCACCCCCGCGGCGCGGCCCGUCGGCGGGGCGGCCCGGCCGGCCGCACCCCCCCACCCCGGCCUGGCGGGUUGGGGGGGGCUGGGGUCGUAGUAGAGCGGAGGCGGGUGGGCGAGGCGGGCGCGGCGGAAGAUGGUGGCGGCUACUCCUUGCCGGUGAGUCUGGCCGCCCCUCCGCCGCCGGAGGGAAACCUGUUGUGUGCGGGCCCGGGCGGCCGGGGGGCGCCGGGGCGGGUCUCGGGGGGCCGCCCCGCGGGGGGCCGCGGCGACGCGCCGGCUCGCACGCGGCUGGCCCGCCGCGGUGGCGGGGGGUGGGUGGGUGGGUGGGGGGCAGGCGUGCGCCGGGGCCGGGCGGCCAGGGGGGCGGCGGCCGCGCCCGGGACCCGCACGGACCCCAGCCCGGGGCCGGCCGGGGCGCCCGCGCGCGCCGCGCACACAAUGGCCCCUCGGGGCCGGGACGCGCGGGGCCCCGCGGCUCGGGGGCCCGGGACGCGGGGGGUGGGCGGGGGGGCCCCCUCGCUUCGCCCCCCGGCCGGCCCGGGAAAGUUUGUCCCGGGGGCGAGAGUUAAAGCGCCGCCAGAACAAAGCGGCGGCGGCGGCACAUGGGGCAGGCCGCGGGGCCGGGAGGGGGCGCGCCCACGAGGUACCUGCGCGCCGGCGGGAGCCCGCGGGGGCCCCCCCCAAACUUUGUGUGGGCGCGGGGGGCGCCGGGCCCCGCGCGGCCUGGGCGCCGCCUCCCCGCCCCCACCGCCCUCGGCGCGGCGCCCCGUCCCGCUCGCUCGCGGCCCCGCGUGGGCUUUGUUAACCCCCCGCGUGGGCGCCGGCCCCGCGCCCAACUUCCCGGUCCCCCGGGGGAGGGGUCCCCUCGCCUCUCCUCGCCUCGCUCGGCCCCGCAGGCCCGGGCGGGCCGCGCCGCCGGCGGGGGCGCGUCGGGGGGCGGCGCGGGGCGCGGGCCGGGCGGGAGCGGCGGCGGCCGCGCCGCCAUGUUCCUGCGGGGCGGGCCGCGCGCGGGGCCGAGGGCGGGGGACAUGGCGGCGACUGCGCGCCGCCGCCGCCGAUUGUUCAGGCGCUAGGCCGCGGGCCGCGUGCGACGGGCCACCGCGGCCGCCGAGCCCCCGCCCCCUCGGGGGAGGGGGGAGCCGACCGGCCGGGGGACACAAAGGAGGGGGCGGGCGCCGCCGCGGCCGGCGCCGCGCUGGGGCCUCGGGCUCCUUCGCCGGUUCGCGGCGCGCGGCCGCCGCCGGGAAACGGGGAGUGUGGAAGCGGGCGGGGGGCGGGGGCGCUGCCGCGUCCGGCAAGGCCCCGCGCGGAGGCGCCGCCGCCAAAUCCAAAUGCUCCCGUCUCGAGGACCGUGAUUUACACAGAAACAUUCGCAUCUUCGUCUUAGUGCUGUUUCUCUCGCCCGGGAUUUUCCAGAGUCUCUUCCUACAGCCGCUCCUCGUAAAUCUGCGGGCCGCCGUUGCCGGGCAAGGCCUGGGUUUUUUUUUUGUUGUUGUUGUUGUUGCUUUGCUCCGGACGGCGCGCCUCCAAGGUCUCUGCAGCGGUGGGCCGGGCGCUGCCAGCAGCUGCGGCGCUCCGGCGGGGAACCCGAGGAACGGCGUGGAAGGGCGGGGCCACGCGGAGGCGGGGCGGGCCCUACGCCCGGAGGGGGAGUGA